AUGCGUGCUCCGUCUGCCAUCCUCGCUGCCCUCGCCGCGCUCUCGGUCGCCACCGACGCGGCCUCGCUCCGCGCUGCUGGCAACGGCACGAACGUCAACCCCGAGAUCGUCGGCGGUGUUGAAGCCGCCGUUGGCAAGCACUUGUACCUUGCUGGCUUGCGUGAGACCGCGGCCGUACGUUCUCACGGCCGGCCACUGCAUUGA